UUCAGAUUUAGUGGUUUCCCCGACAGGACUAUUGAUGAGUUUCUGUCGUGGGUGGACCAAAUCCAUGCUGGUAUGCGUGAGACCCUCGAAUUGAAAAGGGUGGUAUUCGGCCAGGAUAUCGUUGUCACGGAGAUGCACACCCAAUUCCGAGGCAUCAACGGCUUUGAAACGGACAACCUUGCCGACAGAUGGGGGCCAGUGUGGCCCGGAAACGGCCCUCUUGUCAAGAUGUUUGUCUGGUACACUCUGGACAAGGACGGUCAUAUCAUCCAACUGACUGAAGAUGCUUAUCUUGAGAAAGAGGCAUCGAGAGAUGUCAUUCGCUCCCACGAUGACUUCAAGUAUUAUCUCAAUGCAUUCAACACCAACGACUUUGACACUUUCCCACGGUAUUAUACAUCAGACGUAACCAUUGUACUCGACGGCAAACAAACUCUUCAGGGCAAGGAUGAGGCGGUGAGCUUUUUUCGCAACGCGCGCAAUCAAUUGAACGAGGAUGUCAAGGUCAAGUCCAUAGUUCUCGACAAAACCGGCGUCGCACUGAAAUCAGACAUCAAAUUCACCGCUCUUACGAACAUAGAGGACAUCCUCCAUUUUGGAUCAGGCGUACGGAAAGGGGGAGGCUACGAGGCCCAUUUCUUGAUUCAUUACGAGCUUACUCCUGAAGGAAAGAUUUAUUACAUCACUGCCGCCCAAUCUGGACCGGUCAAGAUCUUCAACCCCUCAUAGUGGUCCAUUGUCGCGCAGGUUAGAAUACAGUUU